UUGGAGUCAACAUGUGUCUUUUAGUGGUUAGAAAACACGAUACGCAUUAAUACUCGACAAGAGACGUGGUGGUUUGUGGGCUAGCUGUACUUUCUAAGCUGUUAUUUCGGUAACGCACAAUAAGGGGGGCACAGAGUGCUGAAGCACCAUGUUAGACGGGGGUCAGUUUGUGGAGGCCCUGGGCCGUCUAGGUUAUCCCGGCGCAUCAUCUCUGAAGGCCUCCGAGUUCGACUGGCUGUUCGACUGCGCCCCGGAGAACCUCCACUUCUUGCGCUUUGUCUGUCGGACCCUCAACCGGAGCAACGUCCUCACCACGGAAGAGGCGCGGGCCUUUCACGAGCUGCGGAAGUCCGGCAAACCACUCCUGGAUGAAGCAGCCCUGGGCGAGGUGCUAAAAACCAUCGGCCCCUCGGAUGGGAGCGGCGCUUCUUCAUCUUCGUCCUCUGUGUUCGCAGCAGAGGGCGACGUGACCGUAGAGGACUUGGAGGCAGAGCUCCAGGCGCUGCGUAAAGAGAAGGAGCUGAAGCAGCGACGCUAUAACAAGUUGCAGGUUGUGGCCACCUCCCGUGCAGAUGUCGAGCUGCGCCUUAGUGCGGAGCUGGAGAGCGCUGCGUGUAAGCUAAAGGAAGCCGGUGCCUGCAUUGGAGCUGAGAAUGCCGACACCAACUCUGUAUUGCAAAGCCUAACAGACGAGGUGAACAAACUGGCUUCAUAUCUCCCAGUUCAGCCCGAAGCCAAGCGAAAAGGAGAAGCCGUGGCCCCAUCAAACCCGACCGUUCUCCUCUCUCAGCUGCCCUUGGAUCCCUACCUGCAUCAGGAGGGGCUCAACACUAAAACACUCACCGCCUUCACUCAGAAGCAUUUCUUCCAGGGCAUCUCUGACAUUGUUGAGACUUCUUGCUCUGAGCGCCUCCAGGUCCUCGACCUCAGUUCUUGUGAAGACGAAGAGAAGGAGGAAGAGAACGGGCACAAAGGGGCAGACAGGGAGGAGCGAUUGGUGGAGCGCAGGAGGACAGAGAUGGCCCGACUUCAGUGGUCUCAUAUCGUCGCCCAGCACCAACUGAUGAAGGCCACAGCGGAGGAGGAGAGUGUGAAGGCUGCGAUGGAGUGGCUCUCUGAGAAGUCCUCUCACACCAAGAGCAUUUCCACCUCCUCCUCACUUCACGUCCGCGAGGUCGUGUCCAGGAAGGAGCUGCAGGUCGUGGAGGCUGAGCUGGAGUCUCUGCUUCAUGGAGCGGUACCUGCUGCCCUUAGGGAGUCCGCCAGGUUGCUUAACGUGCCAAUAGUGAGGGGAGACCUGGCUCUGCAGCUGGCCAGGCAGGACUACUACACCUCCAGACAGGAUCAGGUACGUGACUACCUCCUCCGCCAGAAGGCGUCCUUCGACCUAGUGCACCUUGCUCAAGAGCUGGAGUUGAGGAGGUGGAGGACGUGUCUUAAGCAGCUGGGAGAAGUAAACAGCAGACUGGUCAAGGAAGGUGAAGCAGCAACCCUGAGAAUCGAGUCAAUGGCACACCCCGACCUGGCUAUCAACCCCAGACCCAACCCUAUCAUCAGCUGUAGGGACGCAGCCUUCAGCAGACUGCUCCAGAUCCUCGACCAUGAUUCAGACCACGGUCGAUCAGAGCCUUUCAGGACGUACGAAGCAUUGAACCAGGCUGCUCGCGACCUCGAGGGAAACCUCCAGGUCACCCGAGACACACUAGCCGGCGCCGGCCGGGAGCAAUGCUACACAGCCGCUCGCCUCUCUGGCGACUGCGAGGCGCUGCACAGGGCGAUGUACACUGAGUUCCAGCAGCUGGUCUUAGGGCCGCAGGUAUGUCCGACGGCCUUCACUGACCAGGAGCUGCUCUGUCCCAACGCACAGGAGCUGACGCUGAAGCUGGUGGAAGCAGACUCUCAGCUGCAGAGUUUGCAGCACGUAAUGCAAGAAAUCAUGGGGGAGGCUAAAGCCAAGCGCUCUCAGCUGGACCGCAACGCCCUCCUCAGGCGCCAGAGGGAAUUAUACAUCUACUUCCACUUGGAUGCACGGCUGCUGCAGAAAAUAGUCGAAGAUCUGGAGGGCAAAACGGCCGCGGGGAAGAGAGAGCGGCACUAAAACCUGCCAGAACGGGCGGGCGGCUUCAUGUGUUCUAUAGUUUGAAGAGACCUGGACCAGUACACUCUGGUCUUCCAGAGAGGACGUGAUCGGCUCAAUGUAGCUCAACCCCUCGAGUCUUCACCGACUCCUCUUUGGGAAAAACUUUAUUGGGAUUCAUUUUAACGUGUUUAUUUUUAAAAAAACUAAUGAAUUCAUUGUCUUGUGAUCUAAAAUGUCCUUGUUACCAUUUUGUCUUAAGUCACCUGUUAAAUAAAGUAAAAUCUUUAUGGA